GUAGCUGCAUAUGUUGAAGGACCUAACUGGCAGAUUGGUGUCUUUUGCAAGAUUGACAUCAUGGCAGAUCCAAAAACUGAUGACCAAUUACAUUUCACUGAUGUCAAAAAAUAUUUCAACUCUUAUGCUCUCACAGGUAGAAUGAAUUCCGUACUGGCCACAUAUGGAGGCAUUGCUUUGAUAGUCUUAUACUUCAAGUUAAGGUCUAAAACAACACCAGCUUUGAAAGCAACAUAAAUGCAUUUUAAACUGUACCUCAUCUGUUAAGUUUCCAAGCCCAG